CGAGGCGCGGACUAAUAGCUCUUGGAGCUAAGCACCAAACAGCUGCGUUCUCGAAUAAGAGCUGGAUCCACCACAUGCUAUUUGCUGCUACUCCUAUCAUAUGUUUGUUUUUUUGUAACCUGUCUUAUUUACUUUCCUAUCUCUAAAAAGUGCUUGCGGUUUCCUUUGUAAAUUAUAAGUUAUUUACAUUAGUUAAUUAAUUCGAAAAUGGGAAAACUAAACGUUACUUUAAUGCGUUAUUUAACCCCCGAAGACUUUCGUGUACUAACAGCAGUGGAAAUGGGCAUGAAAAACCACGAAUUGGUACCUGGGCCUAUGACAGCCUCAAUUGCUAAUUUACAACACGGAGGUGUACACAAGCUGUUAAGGGAAUUGUGCAAACAUAAAUUAUUGAGUUACGAGAGAGGCAAGAGGUAUGAUGGGUAUCGAUUAACCAAUGCCGGAUAUGAUUACUUAGCUCUACAUAGUUUGACCAAAAGAAAUAUCAUUGCAUCAUUUGGCAAUCAAAUUGGUGUAGGUAAAGAGAGUAACGUUUAUAUAGUUGCUGAUUCAGAGGGACAAGAAAUUUGCCUGAAACUACAUAGGCUCGGGAGAGUUUGUUUUCGAAAAGUGGCUGAAAAAAGAGACUACCAUAAACAUAGAAAAUCAGUUUCAUGGCUUUAUUUGUCCCGUAUAUCAGCCACAAAGGAAUUUGCAUACAUGAAAGCUCUAUACGAUAGAAAAUUCCCUGUUCCCAAACCUAUUGACUUUAAUAGACAUUGUGUGGUAAUGGAGCGAGUUCGAGGCACUCUUCUCAAUCAUGUCAUGGAAGUUGAUAAUGUAGAGGCUUUAUAUGAUGAACUAAUGAAUCUUAUAGUUCAUUUUGCAGACUCUGGGGUAAUCCAUGGGGACUUUAAUGAAUUUAAUAUCAUUCUAACGGAAGAUGAAAAGCCCAUUAUAAUAGACUUUCCUCAAAUGGUUUCUACAGAACACCCUAAUGCCGAAAUGUACUUUGAGAGAGAUGUGAAUUGUGUAAAGGAUUUUUUUAAAAAGAGGUUUAAUUAUGAAAGUGAAACUUUCCCGAAAUUCUCAGAUAUUGAACGUAUAGAUACGUUGGACGCGGACAUUUUAUGUACAGGAUUAACGAAGCAAAUGGCCCAUGCUAUCAAUGUGGAAUUGGGAAUUGAAAGUGAACCAGAAUCUGAUAAUAAAGACGAAAUUGAUGAUGAACAGUUACCUGAUAAAACUUCUGAUCUGCCAAAAGAAUUAAGUCAAAGGAAUAUAAACAAUUACUCAUCAAUAGAGACCGUAAUGCAAGCUAUGCAUGACAAUAAAGACACGGUACUCACUGAAUCAGAAAACGAUGAUUCAGAUAGCGUUGACAUACAGCAAGAGUUAAACAACUUGGAGUCGAGAAGCGUAAGAUCGACUGCGACCACCAUACACCCUGACGAGAUAAAACGAAGAAUAAAAAAACAAUUUGACAGCAAAGGUAAAAAAGAAAGGAUGAGUAAGUGUGUGGCCAAAGGAGAAGCUAAUGCAGUAACUAGAGUGAGAAGAGAGAACAGGGACACAGUGAAGCAGAGCAAAGGAAUUUGGGGUUAUGAAUAAAGAGCAUCAAACAUUUGUA